UGUACCCAGACAGGUGGUGAGCGGGGCACUUAUACCGAAUUGACCCCAAUGGAGGAACGGAUUCUGCGCCUGACAGACACUGCUGCUACCACUGGACUGUCUCAAGUAGUUGAGGCAUUUCAUCCCAAUGAGGAUAUUAGAAUUCCAGUAGCGGCAGCAGAAUCCGUGGAGAUCCUCCCAGAUUCGGUAAAAAACAUUCCUACGAAACCUCCAUUGGAGGUGGUUGAAGAGCUGGUGGUAACUCCACUAAUACUACCAGAAUCUUCUCCAAGUACUCCACCGCAGGGGGCAGACAAUGCCAAUAGCAGCCAGCCCCUUAGAAACCCGUUCCCCCUCCGACGGACGCCGAUGAUCCGACGAAAGAACAGAAGGAUCAGGGAUCAGAGGAGAGCUCUGCCCCGUGGAGUGGACAAUGCAGCCCGCACUGUGGAGGUCAUGGAGCGGCAACAAAGAACGCUUGAUGAAAUUUCCCAGCGACUAGCAUUGGUUUCCCAGAGACUCCUUGACAUCACCGAUCACCUAAUUUCAAUCAGAGAUCUCAUUGGCAGAAAUAAUUGA